GUUAGCAACACCAGCUUCAUUAGCCUUCCACUUCUGUCAUGAUUAGAUGGUACCACAACAGGGACCUGUAGAGGUGUGUGUGAGUGUGUGUGAGUGUGUGAGUGUGAGUGAGUGUGUGAGUGUGUGUGUGAGUGAGUAAGAGAGACAGAGAGAGAUGGAACCUUAUUGGAUUUAAUGGAGUUUUUUAAAGUCGUAGUAAUUUUGGAAACAUUCGGAUCAUUAACGGGUUAACGACAUGGAGACCUCAUCACCACGGCAACGGCGCCGAUACCACGACGGGUCCCUGACACGACGACGGCACCGCGGUUAUGAGGUGGAAGCGAAGGAGGCGUGUGACUGGCUGAGAGCAGCAGGGUUCCCGCAGUAUGUGCAGCUCUAUGAAGCCUCUCUUUUCCCCAUCGAUAUCUCCUCGGUCCGGAGGGAUCAUGAGUUUUUGGAUCACGACUCGGUGCGAGCGUUAUGCAGAAGACUGACGACUUUGAACAAAUGCGCUGCUAUGAGUCUGGAGGUUCACUUCCGCUGCAAACAGAGCGAGGAUUCCGAGGAGGAUGAUGCAUGUGCGCUGAGCUCCCGUUGGGCAUUUCAGCGCGACAGUAAAACCUGGUCCCGUCUUAAGAACAACAGCACUGGCGUCACCACGCUGAGACCGUCAGCAAGCAGCGACAGCGUCCUGAGUGAUGCCACCUCGAUGACCUCUGACCUUAGCCUUAGCAGCCUAAGCCUGGACAUUGCCCAGGAAAACACUUCUCCGGGGGUCACAACCUGUAGCGAGGCUACAGAAUGCGAUGACGACGACUCCUCUUCGCCUCCUCGUUCCAUGCGAGAAAAAGUGAAGCGUUCUUCCAAGCUCUUUCUGCGAAGGAUGGAGUCACUACGGCGACAGAAAGAUGCCGUCGCUAGAGGCGUUUCCACGGAAAUGCACCCCCAGCUGGAAGAAGAAGGUCAAGAACUCUGCUUGCCAAAAAGGACUGCGAAAGGAAUCGGUGGCACGUUGGAUGCGGGGUGGAGGUCACGUAUGAGUCGCCAUGGCGCUCUCGACAUAUCAGCAUCUGACGUCAAGCCACAGAGGGCUUGUCUUUAUCUGGAGGACUACCAGUUAGCAUGGGAGCGGUCCAAACUGACAAAUCAGAGGAGUCACCCAGGAGUAAUAGGGCCACUCGUUCACCUUCCCUCAGAUCACAAACCUGGAACGUUCCCCAAGUCGCUGUCCAUCGAGAGCCUUUGUCCGACUUCUUUGUCUCAGCGCAGUGAGCCUGGAGAGGACGGAGAAUUCUCAUUGGACGGCACCAGCAGUUGCCUUAGCAGGACUGAAUCGCAGGACUACAUUUCACCCACACUGAGCAAACGUCAAAACUCGGUGGAUUCAAUCAACUCGGUUUAUGACAACGUCCCAGACGCUUACGCAGAUUCCCCUGAACUUCCAGAAGUGUGCGUCCAGAACUCGAAGGACGCAUUUGAGCAUCUGGACGCCAUUUUGCAGCACAUCCACGGGCUGCAGGACGACAUCGACGAGUGGUCUAACUCACUCGGACGACAGCUGGACAAAAGUGAAUCUAUGACGGAAACCACGUUACCCAGCAUGCUUCAGGAUGAGGAGCGCUCUGAUUACGAAAGCGCCGGAAAUUCACUAAAUGACGGAGACAUGAGGGAAAGGAGGGACUCAGGAGUCGGGGCAUCUCUUACUCGGCCCAGCAGGAAGCUGCGAUGGCACAGUUUUCAGAAUUCUCAUCGCCCAAGCGUGACAUCGGCGUCACAGGAGAUUAACCGCCAGUCCGCGGCGCAGCUGAACCUGCUGCGGAAAUACAGCCUGCUGAGGCUCACCGCCAUCCUUGAGAAACAUUGCGAUAUGGGAAAACACGGCCGGGGCUGGACCGUGCCGAAGUUUAUGAAACGUUCAAAAGUUCCUGAUUACAAAGACAAGCGAGUGUUUGGGGUUCCAUUAAACGUCAACGUCCAGCGCACCGGUCAACCCCUCCCCCAGAGCAUACAGCAGGCCAUGAGGUACCUGCGGAGCCAGUGUCUCGAGAAGGUAGGAAUAUUUCGGAAGUCCGGAGUGAAGUCCCGCAUUCAGGCCCUCAGGCAGCUGAACGAGAAUUCCCCAGAUCAUGUGACCUACCAGGGCCAAUCAGCUUAUGAUGUUGCCGACCUGCUGAAGCAGUACUUCAGAUAUCUGCCAGAACCCAUCCUCACCUCCAAACUCACACACACCUUCCUGCACAUUUACCAGUUCGUCCCUCAGCCACAGAGGCUCCAGGCGGUGCAGAGUGCCGUGUUCCUCCUGCCUGAUGAGAACCGGGAGGUUCUGCAGACGCUGCUCUACUUUCUCAGUGACAUCAGCACAGCGGAGGAGAACCAGAUGACGGCACACACACUCGCCGUGUGUCUCGCUCCCUCCAUCCUGCACCUCAACACGUCCAAGCGAGACGUAGCCUCACACAGGCUGAUUAGCAAAAGGGGCAAAGCAAAACCAGACCACAAGGACCUGAGUGAGAACAUGGCUGCAACAGAGUGCCUGAGUCACAUGAUCACAGAGUGUAAAAAGCUCUUCCAGAUUCCUCAGGAGAUGAUGCUGCAGGCGUGUAGCUCGUACGUGUUAGCCGAUACGCAACCGUUGCCCCUGCAUGCACUCGGAGUGAACAGACGAGGGGAGCGAGUGAACUACCACGUCUACCUGGAGGACAAUGUGCAGUGUUUACUGAGAGACACAGCCGAGAAGGGCAAAGGGUGGCACAGUGCAGCGGGACCUCCACACACUGAGCUCGCUUACAAGAAGAUUGCUGAUGGGCACCCGAUUCGUCUGUGGCGUGUUUCCGUGGAGAUUGAGGCUCCACCCAAUGUGGUUUUGCACCGUGUGCUGAGAGAGCGCCACCUGUGGGACGAGGACCUUCUGCACAGUCGUGUGAUAGAAAGUCUAGAGAGUGACACAGAGGUGUUUCAUUACAUCACCGACAGCAUGGCACCUCACCCACGCCGAGACUUUGUAGUGCUCCGGCGUUGGCGUACAGAUCUUCCUCGGGGUGCAUGUGUUCUCAUCUCCUCAUCUGUCGAUCAUGAUAACGUACAGCUAGAGGCGGGGCUUAGAGCAGUGCUUCUGACAUCACGUAUUAUGAUUGAGCCGUGCGGAAAGGGGCGGAGCCGACUAACACACUACUGCAGAGCGGAUCUACGGGGGCGCUCUCCUGACUGGUAUAAUAAAGUUUUUGGUCAUCUGUGCGCGGCGGAGGUUGCUAGGAUACGCGGCUCAUUUCCUGUUCUGACAGCAAGAGGACCUGAGACCAAACUCUGAGAGUUAACGAAGAGAGUGAAGAAACAGAAACAGGACGAGGCCGAGGUGUACAGGCGGUGGACUUGAUUUGAUCUGAUAACAGAUCUGACCAAAUGUGAGCACCAAAGCUUGGACCAAACCAAACAACUUGGAUUAUACACAUAACACUGAAAAUGUAUUGUGAUUAACAAAAACGAAUAAACAUGGUCAAAACAGACCAGCUGUAGAUUAGACCCAGUUCAAUUUAGGUAAUAAAUCAAUUCGACAAAAAAUACUAAUGCAGUACAACACUUUAGAAGUGAUCACAUAAAAACAGAUUAGUGUUCAAAGAUGAUCAGUCCAACAGGGUUAGAUGAGUCAAUUUACAUACACUAGACUAAAAUGAGAUCAGAUUAGAUUGGACCAAACCAAAACGUUUGACUUGAUUGUAAUCAAUCGUUGAUGUGAAGUUUCGUAAAAUGAUUGAAUGAGAUUACUCUAAACUGUAAACAAAAAGUUAGGAAACGCCACUUCAAAACAGUGUUUUGCUGAAUUAGAAUAUAUUAAAUAUUAGACUAGAACAGACCUGAUCUGAUUGUACAUAAAAUAUUCAGAGAUUAGACAUUAACAGCAGGAUAAGUGCCAAAGCCAUCCAGAAGAGACAAACACAGAUGUGAUCGUUUUAAAAUGGAUUAGGUACGUUUAGAUUUAUCACACUGAACCAAAUUAGACAAGGUCCAAAUCAGAUUAUACAUGAUCAGACCUGUUUAGAUCGAUCCAGAUUAGAUCAGAAAUAGAAAGUAAACCAAAUAAUAGGACCACAUAUGGAAACACUAUUACAUUUUAUUGCACUAGAUCAGAUCGGAGAUCAGACAUAAUCAACACACAUGAGUGAUUGGAUUAGAUUUGAAAUAGAAAGUUGUGAACCAAAGAAUAGAAUCAGAUCGGGAAACACCAGAUCAGAUGGGAUUACAUUACGCUAGAUUGGAUUAGAGAUCAGAUAUGGUUAAUUCUCUAAACUAUAAAGUCUUAAGCUCACAGCCAAUCAGAAGUCAAAUAUGUAAAUAAACAAAUGUGCAAAUGAUGUAAAUAUCAGGCAU